AUGGCUUCACAACAUACUACCGAGGUUCCCAGUGGUUCUUGGGACAACCACAUCCACGUCUUCGACCCCUCCAAGCAUCCUUACUCCCCGAACAGAUCCUACACGCCAGGUGCUGCUCCAUUAGCAGAUUAUCCCAAGAAUGCCACUGGCUGCAGCAACAUCGUGGUUGUUCAGGCCACCGUCCAAGGCACCGACCCGGCACCCCUGCUCGAUACGCUGAGCCUAAAGUCGCCGCAUGGAGGUGUCCUGCGCGGCCUUGCCGUACUUGACUUGGAGAAUGUAUCUGACGGCGAGCUUGAUCGCUUGCAUGCUGCUGGUGUGCGAGGUGUCCGCAUGCACGAGGUAUCGUGGGGUUUCGGAGACCAGCCCAGCGAUAAUGCCGUGGCUGAGAAGAUCGCAUACGCCGCCCAACGUCUCAACCGGCUGGGGUGGGUUAUUGAUCUUUACAUGCAUCCAAAGGCCUGGGCCGCUCUUGCACCAACAAUAGAAGCCUUGCCGCCAUCUACUAAAGUCGUUGCGGAUCACUGGGCAGGUUUCCACUCGGGAGGUGAAGAAAGCCCUGAGUUCCAGGUCUUCCUGGGCCUCUUACGUCGGCAGCGAGUCUACGUUAAGCUGUCCGCGUUUGAGCGCCAAUAUCACGGCAACGAUAUGGGCAUCUCGUCUCUGGACAACAUGGCUAGAGCUAUAACCGAGGCUGGACCCAACCGGAUCCUGUUCGGUUCGGAUUGGCCCAACACUGCUCUGGCGUCGGAUCGCGAGGGCCGUACACGAGAGGAAAGACUAACCAUCGUUGAGGAUUUUAGAAAGGUUCCUCAUGCGGAGCAUGUGGCGCGUUUGCGUGAAUGGAUCCCGGAUGAAGUUGUUUGGAGAAAAUUCUGGAUUGAUAACCCAGCCGCGCUGUUUGAAUGA